UGUACAACGCUAGUUGCAACACAUUAACUUUUCUUUGGCACUUUUCCUGCAGAGCGAGAGCUCGCCAGGGUGCGGACACCCUUUGUGUGGAGGGUGUCGACAGAAAUCCUCACACAGCUCCUUGAAGCCCUUGUAAAUGACGGUGUCUUUAAUGAUUUGGAAAAAGAGUUGAUACUGGAGGGGAACCAAGUCAGAGCAGAUAAGGCUCGCUGCUUCAUUGACACAGUGAGAAAAAAAGGGGACAAAGCCAGCAGGAUAAUGAUCGGACAUCUUCAGAACAUAGAUGAACUCCUCUUCUCUGAGUUACACUUAUACGCUUAUCCAUCUGCUCAGCAAGAGGCUCUGCCAAAGUGUCAGUCUAAACUUAAAUCUGCUCUGAAGAAGAAGUUCCAGUGUGUGUUUGAGGGCAUCGCUAAAGCUGGAAACCCAACGCUUCUGAAUCAGAUCUACACAGAGCUCUACAUCACAGAGGGAGGGACUGCAGAGGUCAAUGAUGAACAUGAGGUCAGACAGAUUGAAACAACAUCCAGGAAACCAGACAGACCAGAAACAACAAUCAGACAAGAAGACAUUUUAAAAGACUUGCCUGGAAGAGAUGAACCAAUCAGAACAGUGCUGACAAAGGGAGUGGCUGGCAUUGGGAAAACAGUCCUAACACAGAAGUUCACUCUGGACUGGGCUGAAGCCAGUGCCAACAAGGACCUUGAGCAGGACAUUGAUCUCACAUUUCCAUUCACUUUCAGAGAGCUGAAUGUGCUGAAAGAGGAAAAGUUCAGCUUGGUGGAACUUGUUCAUCACUUCUUUCCUGAAACCAAAGAAGCAGGAAUCUGCAGCUUUGAAGACUUCCAGGUUGUGUUCAUCUUUGAUGGUCUGGAUGAGUGUCGACUUCCUCUGGACUUCCACAAAACUACAAUCCUAACUGACCCUAGAGAGUCCACCUCAGUGGAUGUGCUGCUGACAAACCUCAUCAGGGGGAACCUGCUUCCCUCUGCUCGUCUCUGGAUAACCACACGACCUGCAGCAGCCAAUCAGAUCCCUCCUCAGUGUGUUGACAUGGUGACAGAGAUCAGAGGGUUCACUGACCCACAGAAGGAGGAGUACUUCAGGAAGAGAUUCAAAGAUGCGGAGCAGGCCAGCAGGAUCAUCUCCCACAUCAAGACAUCACGAAGCCUCCACAUCAUGUGCCACAUCCCAGUCUUCUGCUGGAUCACUGCUACAGUUCUGGAGGAUGUGCUGAAAACCAGAGAGGAAGGAGAGCUGCCCAAGACCCUGACUGAGAUGUACAUCCACUUCCUGGUGGUUCAGGCCAAAGUGAAGAAUGUAAAGUAUGAUGGUGGAAUUGAGACAGAUCCACACUGGAGUCCAGAGAGCAGGAAGAUGAUUGAGUCUCUGGGAAAACUGGCUUUUGAUCAGCUGCAGAAAGGAAACCUGAUCUUUUAUGAAUCAGACCUGACAGAGUGUGGCAUCGAUAUCAGAGCAGCCUCAGUGUACUCAGGAGUGUUCACACAGAUCUUUAAAGAGGAGAGAGGGCUGUACCAGGACAAGAUGUUCUGCUUCAUCCAUCUGAGUGUUCAGGAGUUUCUGGCUGCUCUUCAUGUCCAUCUGACCUUCAUCAACUCUGGAGUCAAUCUGUUGGAAGACCAAAAGAGAACCUCCAAGAACUCUGAAACAAGAAAAUCUGCAAAGAAAUAUUUCUAUCAGAGUGCUGUGGACAAGGCCUUACAGAGUCCAAAUGGACACCUGGACUUGUUCCUCCGCUUCCUCCUAGGUCUUUCACUGCAGCCCAAUCAGAGUCUCCUACGAGGUCUGCUGACACAGACAGGAAGUAGCUCACAGACCAAUCAGGAAACAGUCCAGUACAUCAAGGAGAAGCUCAGUGAGAAUCUGUCUGCAGAGAAAAGCAUCAAUCUGUUCCACUGUAUGAAUGAACUGAAUGAUCGUUCUCUAGUGGAGGAGAUCCAACAGUUCCUGAGUUCAGGAAGUCUCUCCACAGAUAAACUGUCUCCUGCUCAGUGGUCAGCUCUGGUCUUUAUCUUACUGUCAUCAGAAAAAGAUCUGGAUGUGUUUGACCUGAAGAAAUACUCUGCUUCAGAGGAGGCUCUACUGAGGCUGCUGCCAGUGAUCAAAGCCUCCAACAAAGCUCUACUGAGCAGCUGUAACCUCUCAGAGAGAAGCUGUGAAGAUCUGCUGUCAGUUCUCAGCUCCCAGUCCUGUAGUCUAAGAGAGCUGGACCUGAGUACUAACAACCUGAAGGAUUCAGGAGUGAAGAAGCUGUCUGAAGCAGUGGAGAGUCCACACUGUAAAUUGAAUACUCUCAGACUGAGUCACUGUAACAUGUCAGAGAGAAGCUGUAAAGCUUUGUCCUCAGUUCUCAACUCUCAGUUCCCUAGUCUGAGAGAGCUGGACCUGAAUAAUACUGACCUGCAGAAUUCCGGAGUGAAACUUCUGUCUGUAGCACUGGAGAAUCCAAACUGGAAACUGGAAACUCUCAGGCUGUCAGGGUGUCUGAUCUCAGAGGAAGGCUGUACUUCUCUGGCCUCAGCUCUGAGCUCCAACCGCUCCCAUCUGAGAGAGCUGGACCUGAGCUACAAUCAUCCAGGAGACAUAGGAAUGAAGCUGCUCUCGGCCGGACUGAAGGAUCCACGCUGGAGACUGGACACUCUCAGGGUGGAGCCCACUGGAGUUCAAUGGUUAAGACCAGGUCUGAGGAAGUAUUCCUGUCAACUCACAAUCGACACAAACACAGUGAACAAAUGGCUCAAACUGUCUGACAACAACAGGAAGGUGACACAAGAGGGACAUCACUCAUAUCCUGAUCAUCCAGACAGAUUUGAUGUCCAUCCUCAGCUGCUGUGUAGAGAUGGUUUGACUGGUCGCUGUUACUGGGAGGUCGAGUGGAGAGGAUACGUUGAUAUAUCAGUGAGUUAUAGAGGAAUCAGAAGGAAAGGAGACAGUUAUGACUGCAGGUUUGGACGGAAUGAUCAGUCCUGGAAACUGAGCUGCUCAAAUGAUGGUCCUCAUUCUGUCCUUCACAAUAAGAGAGAAACAUCCAUCUCCUCCUCCUCCUCCUCUGUCUCUAACAGAGUAGCAGUGUAUGUGGACUGUCCUGCUGGCACUCUGUCCUUCUACAGAGUCUCCUCUGACACUCUGAUCCACCUCUACACCUUCAACACCACAUUCACUGAACCUCUUUAUCCUGGGUUUGGAGUCUGGUCUCCUGGUUCCUCAGUGUGUCUGUGCUGA